AUAGUCAAUAUUUUUUCUUGAUUCACUGAAAAAGAAGCUACGACAAUCAGGACAACAUCAUCAUGGCUAUACUAGUGCGAAAACGGACGGUUGUGGUGGUUAUUCUGACCUCCAUGGUCUGGGUGUUCAUGGAUAUCUUCAUCUUCUUGAAAAACAGCGAUUUCGUCAAGAUGUCCGAUUCGGAGAGACUGAAGGAGAAGGUGAGGGAAUAUGCGGUGGGUAAAGUCACCGUCCUGCCGCCGGAAGGGAAGGAAGGCAUCAGAGACGUGUACCACACAGAAGCGGCUCUGUACACAGAGCAUCGGCAAAUACAGACGCUGAAAGAACAGAUCUUCCCGCCCAAUCUCAAACUGGAAUCGAGCAGGAAUGUUCACGAAGGUUUUCUGGUCACAGCUUACAGUUUCGACGAUUCCUACGACAAUGAACCGAUUCAGAUAGAAUUGAAAGACAAGUCUGAAGAUGUAACUGACCUUGAAAGGCCAGUUGUUGACUUACAAGGACAGUUCAAGGUGGACACGGAAAGUGACAUCAUCACCCAUGAUGCUCCAGCCAAAAUGGCGGACCAAGAACAGAACGAAGAGGAGACAAGUUUUCUUGAUCAAUUUGAUGAACGCAUAAAGGAGUACGCCAGCGUUACUGUAUCAGAGCUUUUCUACAACACACCUUCCCCAUGGGUAGCGUCAACGCGCAAAACCGCUUACGAUGGCGUUUUUAUCCCAGAAAUCAUCACGAAUCAUAACAUAGAAAACUCUCACCAAGAAAACAUUACACAGGAAAAUGAAGGAAAGACGUUAUCAAACAUCACUGCGUCUCUAGCCCCCACGACUAAAAAUUCAAGAUUUGGCAACUUUCUCGCUCGCUUGCCUUUCGUAGUGAACAAGGAAGCCCCUGGACCGUAUCACGACCAGUACGACCCCACAGAGUUGAAAGAGAACAUCCCAAAACACACCGUACAGUCACUGAACCUUCUAACGAUGCCGAAAAGUCCCCGAAGCCCAGGGGAAGACGGGAGACCUGUGAGAACUAAGAAGGAAGAUGACGCGAUGGUGAAGAGUAUGUUUGCCGAGGCGUCGUUCAACGUGUUCGUCAGCAAUCUUAUCUCUGUGGAGAGGACCAUUCCUGAUCUCAGACCGACUAAGUAA